UGUGUGCGUGUGUGCGUGUUAGCAAAAACUGCCCCAUUUGUUAGCCACAACAGAAGCGUAGUUCUAGUCCGAAAACAGUGCCAGCUUCAGCUGGGCCGGACGUGGCCCGUGGGCCAAUCCGCAAAACGGCUUGCAGAUGAGCAUGCUGGGAUUUGUCUAUUUGGUGCUCAUAGUGGGCUGGAUAUUGAUCGUGCUGUUUCUCAAAUGCAAGAAAUCGUUGUCAGCGCCAUUUCGCUUUGGCGAGAAUUACACGGAUGCGAUUGCGGAGAGGGGCGAGCGUCGUCCUUCGGUGAACGUGAUCCAGUUGCAGAACGAGGAUAUUGAGCAGGAGGAUCACUACAUGAACAGUUUUCAUCGACAGACGGAUAAUCUGCAGCGCUAUUCGCAUAGAUCGACGCUCGAGGAGCGCACCAUUGAGCGAACAUAUCCCACAGACGCGGUUAUCAAUCCCGCCUACACCCACGACGAGGACUAUGUCAUUAACGCACCUCCUCCAUCGUAUGAGGAGGUAAUGCGUCAGCCGCAGGUUUAUCCGCAGGUGCGGCACAAUAACCAUAAGAUUAGCGAUAUAAACAUCUGAGCUAUACGACUGGUUCUAAGAUACCAUAUAUACAUAAUUAUUGCCAUCUUGUACAUAUGUAGUUUUGCUUGUCAGCUGUGAUUUCUCAGAUUUAAAUACAACUAUCCAGAUUCAAAUAAU